GCCCGGCCGAGAGCGGGUCCAUGGGCCGAGUCCUGCCGCGCUGCGGGGCGGCGCUGGGCCUGGCGCUGCGCCUGCUGCUGGGGGCUGUAGCCCCGCGGGGGGGCCACUCCCGCCUGCACUCCAGGCGCGUAUUGGACACGGUGGUGUCGGAGCCCAGCCCGGGGCUGCCCUGGUUCAGCCGUGUUGUGUACGUUGAUGAUCAGGUCAACUACGUCUACACCAGCGGGACGCAGAGGGCGAAGCCUGGCCCAGUGUGGAUGGCGCAGCCCGAGGGUCCAGAGUUCUGGGACGAGAGGACCUUGUGGGGACAGCGCUGGCAGGCCUGGUUCAACACGAGUCUGAACACCCUGAGUCAGGUCUACAACCAGGGUGAGGGUGAGUGA